AGACGCAGACGCAGACGCAGACGCUCGGCUGUUGAUUGUACACGUAGCGUAGUAGGAUGUGAUCAUUGGAUCUAGUGGUUUUGUGUCGGAUUCACCGUCUUGCACAUUUGUAAGAAUUUAUAUCUCCACAUUUUGAGUCAGGCUACACAUGUAUGGUCAUUAAUAACGCUGCGCCUGACUUCAAACUACUCGGUGACAUCAUUACACUGACGGUGCUUGGGCUUGCUUGCUCUGCAGCCAUGCAGCCCCCUCCUCGAACUGGCCCUCCAGGGACGUCAGGUCCUCCUCCAUCUGGAGCAGGGACCAAUAUGUUCCGCAGGACCAGGCCUCACAAACAUACAGCAACAGCCUCAGUGCCACCCUCAACUCAACCCAUGACAGAUCCUUUUGGUUUUGGCAGAGGACCUUCCUCUGUUCCUGCAGGUGGUGGUGGUAGUGUCCCAGCAGCAACCAACAGCAACCCUCCAUCCAUGCAAGCCCCAGCUUCCAGUAUGUAUGCUCAGGCAGUCUCUGGGCUACCUCCACAACCCAAAGCACCAGAGGAUGCAGUGGCUGCUCCAUCUGGUUCCUUGCCAUCCUCUCUACCGGGGGUUACCCUGUUCACACCUCACAGUACUGCUACCCUGGGUGUUUUCCCGGGCCCAAAUACUACAGGAUCUGCACCCUCAUAUCCUGAACAGAUUUAUUUUAAUUCAAGAGAACAGACAACAUCCAUGGCCACAAGUCCACUACCUGUAACCUCAGCCCCAACACCUACCCAUUCAGUUUCUAAUCAGGGACUUCAAGGACAGCCUCCUGUGCCCUUUCAGCCUGUGUCCCCAUCAGACUUCUCUUCCCAGUGGGCCCCUGAUCACGGAAGCCGCCCUCCAUCAGUUCAGAACUAUUUCCAGCCCACUGUUGACCCCCCACCACUGCCUUACAAUGUACCUCAGCAGUCUCACAUGUACCCUUCCCACACCCCAUCACCACAUCACACCACAUAUACCUCACUAUCCCAACCUGUCCACCUUCCAAUUCAGGUCCCUCUCCCUCCUGAGACCCCUGCAUCUGUAAAGACUCCUAGUUCUCAAUGUUCUGACCCAAAUAUUCCCCAGCAGCAUAUUUCCCACUCCCAGCAUCAGAGCUACCUGAGUCAGAGCUCUGCACUCCAACAUUCUUGGUUCACCCACUCGCCACAGGACGCAGGCUAUCACAAAAUGGGAACUAGUCAAGGCCCCCCUCAGCCUCAGUAUGAUUCUGCUGGAUCUCAGCAUAUAUCUAACAUUGUGUCUAAGCCUCGUUCAACUGCACCUGUCACAUACUCACAGGAAUCUGGUACUUUGUCAAUGUUCUUCAAAAGCAGUGAUGUGGAAAAUGAGGAAACACUGGCUGGGGAUCGACAUAAUGCAGUGAAUGGCAUGACUGGAUCCUUACAGGUUCACAGCAAUGUGCAAGUUGCGUCACAAGCAUCUACACAUCUAUAUGACCAUAGUGGUCAUGUAGAUGUUCCUCUGGAUUACCAAGGAGCUUCUCUUCCAGAUCAUUCACACCUACCCUAUAUGACUGAUGGUAAUUGUUCAUCUCAUGGAAAAAAACAGAAGCCUUCUCAUCAUGAUCAUGUGGAAAAUUUGGAGUGUGUCCCAAACCAGGAAGUGUUACCAAGCAAAGCCCACAGUAGCCCUACUGCUGUAGAGGCCUGUGGUGUAGACCAGUUUGAAACUGGGCCAAACCUAGAGACUCCAGAUUCCGUUGCAAGACCAAUUAGAUCUGCCAGUGUGUCAUCCAACUAUAGUAAUAUGAGCCAUGGAAGUGGAACUGGCUCUCGUCGACAUCAAGGGAUAGUAGGUACAUUCAUUCAACAGGAAAGCCCUCAUCUUACCGAUGAUACUAAUCUGUCUGCUGCUGCUGGAGGCUAUUUUGAGCAGAUUGACAGCUCUCCAGCUGGAGAUACAGAUACACAGCAAAAGUCUUUGGAGCAGAUGUGGCCUCCAACACCUAGCCCUCCCAAACCAACUGGUAUCUUUCAGGCCAGUGCAAACAGUUCUUUUGAACCUGUGCGUUCACAUGGGGUUGGUGUGCGCCCUGUCGAAGUAGAUAAGGCUAACAUGGUAGCAGAAGGAGUUUCAGAUUCUACACCUGGCAACCUGGAGCAACCACCAGAUAAUGUUGAAAAUAUUUUUAGUCCAGGGCACCCUCUUCCUACUGGGGUUGGCGUGAGCAUGCCUCAUAUGACACACGCUGUGGUUCAUUCUCCCUCUCGACCUUCAUCCCGUGCAUAUGGGGCUAGUCGGCCUUGUGAAAGCCCUGCCACUACACUGUGGGCUCAACAGGAGCCGACUAGUUUGGGCGCCAACAUCCUUUUAGCCCCUGCUGCUCCAACCAUUCUUGCCCCUUUACGAGAACCCAUUGUUGAUGUUAUCCAACCUCCCGAAGAUGGCCCGUUAGACCUGCAGCCGUCUCACAGAACUCGGCCAACUUCACAACAUCACUCAGAGAAUCUAGAGAACCCCCCAAAAGUGAGUGAGACUGAGGUGAUUGAAUCUCAAAGCAACAUGGGCUAUGCAUCUCUCCUGGUGUCGGACUCACUUCAGCCUGUUGUGAUUGCCCCUCCAGUGUCAACUUCCAGUGUGAUUCCCCAAAGUACCGUUGCUCAAACAGCCAGUCAAAGUAGAAUGAGUGAACCUAUCCCAUCUUUAAAACCUUUCACUCAGGGGCAGAGUGCUUCUACUUUCCAGUCAUCUCAUAUACCCUCCAAUCAGAAUCCACCAUUUACAGCUGGACCAGUGAGCUUUAGUUCCUCCACCUCUGAUCAGAGUCCACUCAAUCUUACUCGAGACAACACAGAAGUGGAUAAAGCAGAAAUUAUGGUGAUGCCACAGUCUCAGUCAGUCAAUCCCCCACUUUCAAGGGGCCCAUCACUAGGCGAAGACAACCACUCUGCUAUAAAUGUUAAUCCACAAGCUUCUUUUGUGUCUGCUGACAUCUCGCAUCAAAAGCUACCUUCAAAUUAUCAGCUGCUUGAUUUUUCUAUGCACCAAUCACAAAUCCAAAGCCAACCAUCUGGCCAGACUUCCUCUCUACACGAGUCUCCACAAUCCGGUAAUGCUCCUGGAUUUUACCUACAGGUCACCAACGAUGCUCAGCAGGUGGGGAAAAUGGAAGGAGAUACCUCUGUUCAGACUCUGCAAGGCCAACCAGCGCCCUCCCAAACUGCUCCACCCAUCCAACAGCCACCAUCUCAACCUUCUAAAAUGGCAGAUUCUCAGUCUGCACUGCCGAUAAAAACUGACCAUCCUUCCCUUCCCAUAAGCACAGCACCACCUUCCCAUGACCAGUGUCCACCUCCAUCACAGGGGCCUACUGCAGGUGGUAUUCCUUUUUCUACUGCAUACCCACCAGGACCACCGGCAGCGGUGCCUCCAGGAAUAUCUCAGAUGGCUUCUGCAAAUCCUCCUCGACCACCGUCUGUGGGCAGUCAGCAUGGAUAUGGGCCCCCUCCUGCAGGGCCCGGCCACAUGUAUGGAGGCUAUUAUGCAGGUAACUAUGGAGAAUACCCAGACAACAGAGCACCUUAUCCUCCUGGCCAGUAUCCACCUCCAUCUGUGGACCCUAGAGGGCAGCAGUACUAUCACGAUGGUACAUACAGGAGCAGAGCAGAUCCAUGGUAUGGCAGAUACGAAGGAAUAAAUCCAGCCUAUCGUGAGCCAAACUACCAAUACAGAGAGUCUCAACCAGAACGACCCAGCUCAAGGUCAAGUCAGUACUCUGACAGGUCCUCAUCUAGGCAAGGCUAUGCUGAGGAUUAUCACAGAGCUAACCGAAGUGCCUAUAGUGACUAUUAUGCAGAUUAUGCCAAGCACUAUGAGUAUGGAGGCUACAACACUGGACCAUAUGACCCUCGAUAUAGAGGAUACUAUGAUCCAUCCUACUGGUAUAAUUAUGAUGAAAGCUAUAGAGGCAGAGAUUACUACAACCAACAUUUAUAUUCUGCCAGGAAAGAAGGCUAUGAUGAUCCAUGGCGGUAUUAUCCUGGUUAUGAUACCAGUUUUGAUGAUGAUUGUCGUCACCGUGGAGAUGUGUGUGGGGAUGAGUUUGAUCGACGCAGUGUUCACAGUGAGCAGUCUGCCCAUAGUGUGCGUAGUCACCACAGCAGACAAAGCAGUUUUAGCUCUCGGUCACAACAGAGCCAGGUGUACACAAGCCAGCCUGACCUAGUGUCAGCUGUCUACAACAAUACAGCUUCUACUCUGCCUGUGACUACUCCUAUGGGCAGGUACCCAAACCAGACUGAUGGCUCCCAGAAUUAUAACGUACCUCUAUCCCCUGAUUACACAAGAGAUGACACCUGGAUUGCACCUGAGCAACCUCCUCCUCGUCCUGCAACACCAGAGAAAUUCAGCAUACCGCACCGCUGUGCCCGGUUUGGGCCUGGUGGUCACCUCAUCCAGGUUCUGCCGAAUCUCCCCUCAGCUGGACAACCUGCUCUUGUUGAUAUUUACAACAUGGAGACCAUGCUGCAGGAUACACCUGAACAGACAGAACUACGAGCCUUCCCUGGGCCUCUUGUGAAGGAGGAGACUCAUAAGGUGGAUGUGAUAAAGUUCUCCCAGAACAAAGCACUGGAAUGUUGUCGUGACAACAACCUCUUGGACAGAGACUCUGCCAGGCUUCUUUGGGACUUCAUUGUGCUCCUCUGUCGACAGAAUGGGACGGUGGUUGGCACAGAUAUCGCAGACCUCUUGCUGAGGGAGCAUCGUUCAGUCUGGCUAGCAGGAAAGAGUCCCAAUGAAGCCAACUUGAUUGACUUUAACAAUGAGCCCCUAGCACGAGCUGAGGAGGAGCCAGGAGCUGGUCCACUCUCUCUCCUGUCUGAUACUUUCAUGACUGUUCCAGAAAAUGUUGGCAAAGAAACAGAACGUUUUAGGGAGCUGCUGCUGUUUGGCCGUAAGAAGGAUGCACUGGAAGCUGCUAUGAAGGUGGGACUCUGGGGCCAUGCACUGCUGUUAGCCAGUAAGAUGGACAACAGAACUCAUGCACGUGUCAUGACCCGGUUUGCCAACAGUUUGCCCAUCAAUGACCCUCUCCAGACCGUGUACCAGCUGAUGUCUGGGCGGAUGCCAGCAUCAGCAACCUGCUGUGGAGAGGAGAAGUGGGGUGACUGGCGCCCUCACCUGGCCAUGGUUCUGUCUAAUCUAACACAUACCUCAGACCUGGAUACCCGCACAAUUACAACCAUGGGUGAUACUCUUGGUAGCAAGGGGUUACUUGAUGCUGCUCACUUCUGCUACAUGAUGGCCCAAGUUGGUUUGGGGGUGUACACAAAAAAAAGUACUAAGAUGGUUCUUAUCGGAUCCAACCACAGUUUGCCCUUUUACCAAUUUGCAACCAAUGAAGCAAUUCAGAGGACGGAGGCUUAUGAAUAUGCUCAGUCUUUGGGCUCCCAGCCUUGCUCACUGCCCAAUUUCCAGGUGUUUAAGUUGAUCUAUGCAUGCCGCUUGGCUGAAACAGGCCUGAGUGCUCAGGCCUUCCACUACUGUGAGGUUAUCUCCAACACUGUCCUCAAACAGCCUUCCUACUACUCUCCUGUUUUCAUCAGUCAGCUAAUGCAGAUGUCUGAAAAGCUGCAAUUUUUCGACCCACAAAUGAAGGAGAGGCCAGAGCAAGAGCUGUUCAAUGAGCCUGAAUGGUUGAUCCACCUCAGACAGUUGGAUGAAAAGUUCAGGAUGGGGGUGAUCACCUAUAGUGCAAACAGAACAACUCCCACGCAGUUCAGCUGCAGCAGCCACAGCUCUGACUUAGAUGAGCAAAGUCCACCUGAACCUUACAACAUGCCGCUGGAGUUGAAUGGAACCACCACUGACAACCCUCUAAUAAACUCAUUGCUACCUGGCCCUUCAUCACAGGCGGUACAGCUGAUGCCUCCAGCUCCCAGCACGAUCCUACAAGAUGGCGUGAGCCUCCCUGGACCACCGGGUCAGAUCCCAGUCUCGGGGUACCCUCCACCCGGUCUUGGUUUUGCACCACCUCCCUUUCAGCCUCAAAGUGAACAACAUUUUGGCAUGUUUCCAGGAGCCUUUCAACAACCCUAUCCUCCACCCCUUCAGGGGGAUCAAGUGGCUCAUCACAUGCCGUCACAGGUGCCACAUUCAACUGUACAGAUGAACCAACCACGUCCCCAGAUACCAAUGCACAUGCCCCCUUCUCCUGUGUACAUGCCCCAUUCUCCUGGGCAAAUGUCACAUGGAGAGCAGCCACAGUUUCCUCCAUCAGAUAUGCAGACUGCUCCACCAGUGUCCUCGUCCUCCCGCAGAAGCUCUUUCACACCACAGAUGGAUCUCUACGACCACAUGGCUCACAUGGGACCUGGACGAAGAUCAAGAACUACUUCACAAUCUUCAGCACAUAUGGCUUCAGGGCGUCGCUCUCGCACCACUUCUGAGUCUUCCACUCAUUCUGGGGGAAGAGAGCGGAGCAACUCUGCUAUGAAACAGACGUCUCCACCACCACCUUCAAUUCCCGAACAGCCCAUUAAAGAAGAGGCUAAGAAGGAUUCUCCUAAAAAGAGUGGUGGUCGCUGGCUGGCUUUUCCAUGGUUCGGUAGGAAGGGGAAGAACGAGGCUCACUUGCCCGAUGACACAAAAAAAUCUAUUGUAUGGGAUGAGAAGAAGCAGAGAUGGGUUGACCUGAAUGAGCCUGAAGAGGAGAGUAAGCCGCCUCCACCACCUCCAUCUGGAUUCCCCAAGAAGCCUCAGAUGCUAGGCCCUGCAGGCCCUGCUGCACCCCCAAGUGGGGGUCCUCCUGUCAACAUGUUCUCCCGGAAAGCAGGCACAAAGAACAGAUAUGUGGAUGUGAUGAACCCCAGUCAAACUUCUAAAACAGGUGGAUUAGCUCCUGCGGACAUCUUUGCUCCUCUAGCACCGAUGCCAGUGCCCACAAACCUGUUUGUGCCUAGUUCAGCCCCUGAUGAUCAGCAACCUGUAGAGGGCAGUGAGGGAGGAAAUCAGCAGCAGAAUUCCCCAAAUAGUGCUGUUCCACAGAUGUUCAACCCGAUGUUGUUACCACCUGCUCCAGAAGUUCCUCACAUGCCUGAUGGGACACAGUCUGGGCAGAUCUCGCGUUCUAGCUCAAUGAGUUCUUUAUCACGUGAAGUGAGUCAGCAUUUAAACCAGGGAACCACUCCCACUGGAGGUGUCACCUUUUACAACCCUGCACACUUUGCACAGACGAGUGUACCAUCUGGAGGUGGACAUCAUGCUGGUCAUUUGAGUGGACAGCAGCAGUACCCCACGUUGAAGUAAAAAUUAAAACAGAUUUGUUGGAGUGAUACUGUGUACCUGGAGGAGCUGAAGCGCAUACUGCUCACAGUCUUAAAGACCCUUCAUUUCCCUCUACCUAAGACAAACUGAGUCACAACCUCCACCAUAUUUGUCGUUGUCAAACAAUUAAAGCAGUCUUUCAUGUUUGGUUUAAUUUUGAUUGAAUUAUUUGUAACAGUUACAAAAUUUCAUUGAAGGGCUUAUUUCUUGCAGCCAGACUGAAAACAAGAGCUCCAGAUGUCAGUGCCUCAGUCAGGUGUAUGCCCCCUAUUGGCAGGAGAAGACACUGAUUGUUGCUUAGUAAAUGAAUGGGGCUAAUAUUGAGUUCAAGCCCUUAAAGUUCACUGCGCACUUUAAUUGAGACAAUAAUCUAUGCUAUGUCACAAAACCAACUAGAUCCAAUACCCCAAAACCCUUAAUAAUGCACCCAGAGUGGUUUUGUAAGGGGUUUUAUCGGACUUUAUGGACUAUUGCAAAAUCCUAGUGAAUAGAAAUGGUCCAAAUCUGGAUUUGAGAUAAAAUUCGGAGUGUAUCUGCUAAAAGCUUUCUACACUGAGUGAGUGUGCUGUUAUAAAAUUAGCAGUGUAAUCAAUGACAGCAGUUUGUAUUUCUCACAUUGUCUUUUUAAAGUUAUCUGUUCAUAAGAUAAUGCUUCAGAUGAGACAGAUGCUGGGAAACAUUUCCUCAGCAGGUGGUGUUUUUAUUCAUGAGCAGGAAUAACUUAAGAAUUGUUUUUUUUUAUUAUUAUUUCUUAAACCUGUUAAAUGAUUAAAGUGAUCUGGAUAAAAGAAUUUUUGCUUUCUUUAACACUGUGAGACUGAGUAUUUGCUAUAAUCUUUUAUAGCCCCGAGCUCAGAUUAAUGCACAUAUUGUGAUUACUACAGAGGUGGGUAGGUGUUACUUUGAAAUUUAUUAUAUUAUUGUACACAAAAAUACAAUUGGAAUACUUCAAAGCCAGUUAAUGGAAAUGUGCUCUUCAUAUUUAAAAGUGAUGAAAUUUAAAAGUAAUCCAAACCAACUCUGGUGAUUAAUGCAUAUUGAAGAGUUGAACUUCAAUCACUGUGACGCGUGUCUGUCAGCCCGUAGACACGUGUGCGUUUACUACUUGUACAACAUUGGUAGAAGCGUCUUCUGUGGUGUCACUGUGGAACCUCAGUGUGUCUGCUGGCCAUCACAGACCUGUUUAUCUUCUGAUCAGAGACUUUAUUUCACUCACUGGAUUGGUGGACAGCUGCGCUCUGUGUGCAGCUCAAAUUGCAAGCGUUCUACCUUUUCCUGCCAGUGGGACAGAGACGUGAUUUUGAGGAACUGCACAAUGUCAACUCCUGGAGCUCUAUAGUGUUUCAAAACACACAGGGAUAUGUUGACACACAGUUUUCGUUGGUGUAUUUUAAUGUCUAAUACUUUAGCUGCUUCUGAUUGUCCUCAUUCACUUGACUGCAAGUUUGUUCUCAUUUAUCCCUGCAGCAAAGAAUAAUCACAGGUCCUGUUUUAGUUUUGUGUGUGUGGGUGUAUCUGUGAUGAUGAAAAAGCGACACCUUUUUAAUUUUGUUACUGGCCCCCUUGUGCGUAUGUAAACUGUUCUGUCAGUGUGUGACUCAUAGCAUUCUGUGGGAGGAGGACGGGCGGUCCAUCAUUCAUCAUUUGCGCUCCUCCUCCAUCCACCAGUAAAGGCAUGUCGACUCAGCAGGAGCCAAGUUGGAGACAUUCUACAGUGGUAGAAUGCUAGUUCCUCCAAAUUUUUAUUUAAAUACUCUCCUGCCAACUCCUGUUUAAGGUCAGUCUUGGUCUCUUCUCCGUCUUUCUCCCUCUGUAACGUUUUACACAAUGAGUGGUCUUAAGAUCAGCAGGAUUCCAUGACUGCUUAAAAAAAAAAAAAUUCUAAAUAUUUGUAUAUCAGAUUGAUUGUAUUUAUGAGCUGUAGGCACGCGCAUGUGUGUGGAGAGCAAAGAUUAGCUUUGAUGAAAUGCAUUUCUAAUCCAGUCUAAUCACUUGUACGGCUGCAUCUGUAAACUGAUCUUUAAAUUGUGAAGAAAACCACAUUUUCAAAGUGUGUAGGUUAUUUUUUUUUUUGUAAUUGUCAUCCCAGGUCCCUUCUUCCUGCUUUUCUGAUGAAGUGUAGAUCAUGGGGUUAUGAGUUUUAAAGGUCCCCUUGGAGGUGUUUUCUUCAAUGUUUUAAAAUAGCCUGUGUAAAAUUGACUUCAGAUACUAAAUACGGAAAGAAUGAUAAUAAAGGUAUUUUUGAGCUCCGUAGCACUUU